AUGGAAAAUAUUAUUCGUCGUAUUCGCAACAAGCUCUCGCCAGAUGAGGUUAUUAAUGACAUUGAAGACUACGUAGGAUUUGAUGAGGGUAAUCGAACCGGCUACCCCUCAGAAGUUUGCGCAUUUGACUACAACGAAUUGAGUCAUGCUUUGAUUCUUGGAACAUUACAAGGAGAUAUUGUUUUAUAUGGUGCUAAUGGUCUUACCAUUGAGCAUAGCAUUUAUGACAAGGGAAUGCCUGAUCCCACUGGUCCCAUUAAGAAGAUACACUUUAUGGCUGGAGAUAUGAUUCUCAUUCUUUGUCAAGGUGGUGGAAUAUUGGAAUAUAAACUAAAAGGAACCUGCCUCAUGCGUGUGAACAUGUUCGAUGUUCCAUUUGAAUACUUCAUGUUUAAAUGGCCGAUCACCCACGUAUUCAGAACCACUACAGACUCAUACACGUUAUUUUUUGCCCAUGCAUACGAUUUGUAUUGCAUCGAGCAACAUAGGAUGAUGACGGAAGUCUUCAUAGGAGCUAAAGAGUUUAACAAAUGGACGGGCCAGUUUUGCCAGAUUAUGGAUGUCAGCUCACGCCCCACAGACACUAGAGACAUGUUUGUCGUUCUAGAAUUAGGAAAAGUCGUUCUCGUUCGAAACGGCAGCAUUCGAAAAGUCUUCACAUUCGAACAUUCUGACAUGAGUUUAACAAGGCAACUCGUCUGGGACCCUAAUGGAACACACGUCUACUGCAUCACUGACAGUGAUCGCUACCUUCGAUGGAAAUUUAUGAUUGGCGCAAACGAUGAAAUUUUUAUGAGAGAAAUUGAAGACUUGGCUAUCGAUCAAUCUGGUCCCUACCCUUGUACGCCGCUAUCUCACUUCAUUUCUUUUCCAAGCUCAAAGAGCGAGUUUAAAGAGCAUGAUAUUGUGAUGUAUAAAGGUGGAAAAGGUCGUGCAAAUUAUGAUGAUAGAAAUGUUGUGACUGUCAGAAGGGCAAACAAGGCUGUGGCAUUCGAAGUGACCGGCGAGAUCAUUGCAGUCUACGGCAUUUUAGCGGAUUAUGUCGAAGAAGAUAUCGAAGGAAUCGCUGUGAUUGUUACUUCAAGUGAGCUUAUUGCGAUUGACUUGGAAACGAGCGAUUGGAAGACUAUGCGUCCAAUGCACUUCUUCAGUGUCAACAGCAGUACGAUGACAUGCCACAUCCGAGUUCCCGAUAUUGAUGAGAACAUAUUCAAGCUAAUUCUUGAGAAUGGCGAUCGGUAUUGGGAGGAGAUGCAUUAUUCAAGUCGAAUUCUUCCCAUCUUCUGCGGCGAUAGUACAAAUGCUGGUCCAAACAAGGAACGACCUGCAUACCGGCAAAUUCAUUUGACCGGUCAUUCAACCGGAAACAUUAUUUUGUGGGCUGCUGGUGGUCGCCAUAUGUUUAAAAGCGGUCAAGAGGCGUAUGAGGCCGAGCUUGAGCCGGGUGUUCCUGUCGCUGUCGUGGGACAUUUCGACCCAUUCGAAGACGACUUACAUCUUGCAAUUGCGCAAUUAUAUUUAGAUGAAAAAAAGGGAACUGUGAUGGCUGUUAAUCGUGGUGGUUACGUGCUGGUUUACGAUUUGUAUAAUACCCCGAUCACACUUGAUCCAACGGCUCCUAAAAAAAUUAAAUGGACUACCAAUCUUUCGUGUGAUCCGUGCUAUAUUGAACCUCGAAACACUCCAAGGUCCUACAACAUUGGAUAUCAACCAACACACGAAAAUAGUGGAAAUACACCUUUGAUGAAAUGGUUCCAACAAAUUCCCAAUGUCUACACAAAUGCAAUUGACUAUAACGCCAAGUUUAAAUGCCUUGUUAUUGGAACGGAAUGUGGAUAUGCUUUCUUGAAUGUCCGAUUGUUCCAAGUUGUGCAUUUAGUCGAUUCGCCUAUGCCGGACAAUGACGUCAAGAAAUCUAGGCCAAAUGAGCGGAAGUCGCGAUUCCGUUCGUUCAAGAAGUCGUUACGAAGAACAUUCCGCCGAAAGAAAACUUCAAGAAACACAACUCGGUCCUCGCUGAGUACAACUGCUCAGUCCUCACCAAAUAGAACGGUAAGUGAAGCUGGUCAAAGUUCUAGCGGUCAUCAACCGAAAGCUCAGACUAUUCGAAAUUCCACUCGAAGCGCGUUGGGAAAAGUAAGACAGGGUUCUGAGCUUUUUGGCGAACUUUCUGACGAUUACAACUAUGUCGAACGACAAAUUGAAGCUCGCCGAGACCUAGCAAGUACAGCGAUUCUACAGAAUGUCACAUGCAUCAAAACUAUGCGAAUGCCGUUGACAAAUAAAACUGUGUUUGACGAUUUGGUGGCCAUUGGAACCAAUGGUGGAAAAAUCAUAUUUUAUCGCCUCACGGAAGCCAAUUCAUUUAGUCAGAGGAACUGUACGUUCGAAGUGACAAAAGUGGAAUCAAUUCGACUAGAAGGAGAUCAAGCAGUGAAGAACAUGGAAUUAUCGUGUGAAGAUGGCUUUUAUAAUGCUGCUACUACUCGGCUCGUGGUCUUCACCGAAGAGCAGAUCCGCUUUUAUUCUUUCCCAGGAAAGGUGAAGGCCGGAAGUUAUAAAAUGACUCAACUUGAAGGACUGCGCAUAAAAUGUGGAGCGGUCGUUAAACUGCAAAAAGUUCAUGAACCCUCAACUAGUGGCAUGUUUGCUUUGGUUAUUGCUAACAACGGUGAGAUGCGGAUUCAUUCGCUCGAAGACCCAACAGUCUUCUACAGCAAGCCGUUUAUUGAGAACACCGAUCUAAACGCACUCAACACGGUUGUAAUUUCUAAAUAUGGUGAGAUCACCUAUCUUCAUCGCUGGUGUGAACUGAAACGCUUUGCUGUCAAUAGCGCGUAUCGUGGUUGGUACAGCUAA